AAAAGUUGAAAUUCCAUCACAGAGAGAAAAAUUCGAAAAGGUCUCUUAUAAAACGAAAAAUUCAAUGAAAAUGGGUUAAAAAGUGAAAAAGUGUCUCAAAUAUUAAGGAAAUGAUGAAGAAUGAAAGAAAUUCAUCAAAAUAUAAAGAAAAUUGACUUAAAAAAAUUUUCUCACGACACACCCUACAUAAAAGAGAUUACAUAACAAAAGAAAAAUUUAAAAAAAGCCUCGAAUAAAGCAAUUAACAGUAUUAAAAGUGCCAAAAACGAUUAAAUAUGAAUAUGACAGGAAGUUUCAAAGUUCAACUAAUCAAUAUGGGCACACGAGCAGCAGCUUUUCAAGCUAAAUUACGUUCUCUCCAUGACUUUCAUCUCCGACUCUUACACAACGUUGUUCCUCCGCCAUCAGGACUUGAUAUCGCAAAUACCCUAAAAUAUUUUUCACAGACAUUAAUGACUGUUUUGAAAGAUGUUCCGAAUUCUCCUCUUUCGAUCAUCAAAGACCCAACAAUGGAUCACAUGCGUAUGAGCGGAUAUCCAAAUUUAGAAUAUUCGAAUCUCUAUAAUGCUCUUGCUAUGUUGUUAGAUGUUGCGCCAAGUAUUCAAUAUGGAGUGCAAACAUUUGGAAAAGCUGUUUUACAGUGCUUUGGAUGCAUUUUGCCCUUUUUAGACAAAGAUUUGAUUGAUAACUUACCAUAUUUGUGCGCAUCAGCAAUUUCUGUGCUUCCUCCGGCAUUACAUCAGGACAUUGUAAAUUCGCUCUGUUAUUACAUUUUGCCGUUUACGAUAACACGUCAAAGUGAAGACGAUCAAGAAUCACAAGCAAGCCAAUCUGUAGCUGCUGUUAUCAUGUUGAUAUUUCAAUAUUCGAACAAUCCAGCACAUCAUUGUCAACUUCUUGAAUGCCUCAUGACUCUUAAACACAAUGUUGCCAAAGACUUGUUAUGCGUUAUUGCUUAUGGAACAUCAAGUUCAAGAUCAGCAGCAGCAAAAUUACUAUUUUACUAUUGGCCUCCUUUUAACACAGAUUUGUUCGAUAGAAAAGUUCUAUUGUGCAAGUAUACAAAUGAUUUGAUACCGUUUGUAUGUCAACGUGAUCAAUGUCCAAACGCAGGAAAUGCAGAAGCAGCAAAAGUUUGUUACGAUCAUCGAACAUCCAUUCUUUAUGCAUCAGAUACGCCUCCUCCAUUGUAUCUUUGUAUCGAAUGUGCGAACGAAAUUCAUCGCGAACACUCAGAUUUGACUUUUGGCGAUUUGCUCCAUCCAAUGCAACAAGUUUCCAUGAUUUGUGAAAACAAGAAUUGUCGUGCAACGGAAAAACAAGCAAUUUCCAUUUGUUUCGCGCAAGAAUGUGCAAGUUACAAUGGCAAUCAUCCAAUUCGUUACUGUGCACAAUGUCACGGAAAUCGACACAACAAUCGACGAGGAGGAGAUCAUAUUGUUCACAAAUCAUUGCCCUCUGCAUGGUUAAUGGAUCCUGAAAUGCAAACGUACAUGAUUGAAUCUGUAAUUAGUCUUUUGCGAGAAGCCAAACCUUUGAGUUUAGAUUUCCAAAAAGAUUCGACAAUUGAUUCGAAACAAUCUGUUGGAAAUGCACCGCAAGAUAACAUUUCGCUUGAAGAACGUCAACAAUUAGGGCGAUAUGGAAUUUGGCUUCUCGUAGGGCGAUGUACGCCAACAUCCGAAACUCCCAUCGAAAUAUUGGGACGACUUUUGUCAAUGCUUUUCCAUUGGUUUCACAUUACAGCAUAUUCGUACGAUGGACCCGCAGAGAGCAAUAUUGAAAAAUUGAAAAUGGAUCAUGUCUGUGGAUGGUUGAGAGAUAUCAGUAAAAAUCAUUAUAAAGAUUUCAUUGCAUGUCUCUUACCUCAUCCGCCCGAAUAUUCGAGAGUUGGAGGGCAUUGGGAUACUCUUGCUUCUCGAACGUCACAUUUGCGUGAAGGUCUUCAACGAUUGAUUUGUUUAGUGCCCUAUGAAGUCAUUACACAAGAUAUUUGGGAUGUUGUUAUGCCGCAUUGGAUGGAAGCUAUCACAAAUGAUGUCCCUGAAAAAGAAUUGGGAGAGUUGAAAAUCGUAUUAAAUAAAAUUUUGGAUCAUGAUAUGUCACCUUUGGGCUUUGAUGCGCAAGCUAUGUACAAUUUCGUGCGCAUACGCUUCGAAAAAACAACGGCAAAAGUGCAACAACAAGCAUUACAUUGGCUUCAAAUACUUUCGAAAUUGGAAAUUCUUAUCCCGUUGCCUCAAUUGUUUUCCAUGUUUGGAGAUGGCGUGCGAAUAAUGAAAGUUGGCGUUCAACAUGAACUCAGGAAAGAUGGAAGACAUCAUCAAAAAGUGAGAGAUAACGAAUUAGUUCCCCCAAUGCCUCGAAGAAGUUCAAUAUCUCCUGUCGUCGAAGAUGAUUCUGGAAAUACAUCUGCUAUUUCUGAUGAUGAAGCGCCUGCAGCUUCAAGAAAUAACGAAUUUUCGAGCGAUUCAGAGCACAAUUUAACGUGUUGCAUUUUGAUGCUUGAUAUUCUUCUGAAGCAGAUGGAGCUUCAAGAUGUUGAGCAACACAUGGGCAUUAGCACAACAGUUUGCGAAAACGUUUGUCGCUUACUCAAAUGCAUGGUAACUGCGGCACGCGUUGGUUUGGGCUCCCAUGUUUGUGCUCUGAAAGUCUCCGAAUGCGGAUAUUGCGAAGCAUCUGUAAUGUGGCAUCAAUUAUCGGCAAAAUUAGUGCAAUUCAUGGCUCCUGAAGCGCCUGUUCGCCCGCCGGAUCCUCCUCUCGAAGAGACAAUUAUAGAGGAUGAAAAAACAGCACGAAAAAGUCCGCCUGAAACGGAAAAGGAAAAUAAACGUGACAAAGAUAUGCAAUCUCUUGCAAUGGCACCCCUUCCUAUCCCCAUGGGUAUUGGUGGUUUAGCAGUCAUUUCUUCGGUUCUUGAUGAUAUCGGAAAAAUAAUGAUUAUGACAGGACCAAUGCCUCUUGCUGUCCCGCAACCUGAACAACACUCGAUCGGAGGAGUUUUGGUACAUAUGCCUCACGUAUGUUCUAUUAUGACAGCUACAGUUGAAACUGUAGCAGAGCCUCUUGACUUGGCUGCUAUCAUGCCUUCGGAAAACGUCGUAUCAGCAAUUGCGAGAAGUGUAACGUUGACAGAUACGGAUGUUGCAACAGCAACUGCUUCAGUAGCAAGACCACAAAUCAUUGGAGAUUCAGCUGAAACAAUUGACGGAGUGCCCGAAGAUGAAGAAUUAGAAGAUGGAGAAGAGUUUUGGCAAACAUCCGUUGGAAGAUUCAAAUUUUCAAUUGAUCAACUUCCGCAGCCAUUGCAAUAUAUUCAUCAACUAUUGACAGAAAUUUCAAAUAUCGACAAACCUGAUAUUUUGUACUAUAUGCUACAAUGUUUGAAUGUUCUCGUGUUACAUGGCGAUGCUUUGACAAAAGCUGCUCGAGAUCAUCGCGGGUUCUUCAUUUGGUGUCAAGAGAACUUGUUGAUAAAAAGUCUUUGGGGCUUAUGUAACUCUCAACAUUCGCAUAUUUGUGAAGUUAGUGUCCCGUUAUUACUUCACGCAAUCACUUUACCAUUGGGAUCUGAUGUCUUUUGGCGCAUUAUUAAUGAUGCUUUCAAUGAUUCGGAUUGGCGUGUUCGUUUUCAAUCUGUUGAAAGAGUCACCGUUAUUGCGAGAUUUAUGGAUUCGACUCCUUUGAGAUCAGAAGUUGGUUUACAAGCAUCAUUGGCAGCUGCUUUUUGUCACUUGAUUGCAAGCGUUGAUGAUAUAAAUGUUCAAGUAGCACAACGAGCAACGCUUUAUAUUGGAACAAUACAUGAUAGUGCAAUUCACAAGUUGUUGUAUUGUUUGGAGUCGCAAUUCGAUAUGUUUAUUGUUGAUCGUCCUGUUGUUCUUCAGUCGAUCUAUCAAUUGCAUAAUCUGUUGUGUGAUCGAAAAAUAUUGACUUGGGAGUUUUUCUUGAAUCGUUUCGACACACUUUUUGUCGAAGCACAAAUUAGUUUGGAAAAAACGGGAGAAUUGUCGUAUUUGAGAGAUUUGAGAAAUUCUGAAAAUGGAAGUGAGUUUUUGUCAACAAAAAUUAACAAAGCACGUGAAGCAUUGAACCAAAGUGAUUCGAGCGGAAGUAUGACAAAAACGUUGAGUGCAUCAUUUGGCGGAAAAUAUCCAUAUAAACGAACGAUGUCAGCUCCCGCAACGAUUAUUCCGAGACAAGAAUCAAAAAUUGAAAAGGAAAAAACGUAUGCCCGUCAACAAUCAGCUCCGAUAUUGAAACGCAAAAGUUCGCGCUUUGGCUUGGAAAGUCAUUUUCACUCAAUAGGCGGAGGAUUGGAUGAAAUUAACGCAAUGAACGUUAUUUAUCGCAUAAUUGAUAUUGAAGAAUCAGAUAAGGAGACAAUCCAUCUUCUUGUCUUUCUUUUGAUGCAAUUUAUGUCACGAUCUGAUUUGGCCUAUCCUACUGAUGAGAAACCAAAAUGUAAAAUUCAAGCAAUAGUAUUGAAACAUCUUUAUCUGUUGUUAGGAUACACAGAAAAAUCUUUUCAUACAAUUCCAUUGAAACUUCGAUGCUCGGCGGUAUUUAAUGCUUUUCUAUCAAACUUACCGCAAGUACUUGAUCAAAACUCUACAAUGGGUAUGAUGAUGGUACCAACAAUAAUUCAAGUUCUCUUAUUUGCUCCAAGUCCUUGCAAUCAAGUCGGAGGAGGAAUGGAAUCUAUGCACAAUAUUUCUCUGACAUACUCUUUGUGGUAUUUAGAGCCUCAUGCUCGUCGAAAUUGGUUAAUGUCGAUUCUCGUCAUUCUUUACAAAUACAAUUACGUCAUUCCGCCGUUACUUGAACCAAUGCAGAAUGCAGUUCGUAUCAUAAUGAAUUCGAUCGAAGCACAAUUUCACGUUUGUCGUCGAAUUCCAGCGACAGUUAUGAUGGAUUUUCCAUCGUCUCGUUCACGUGAUUUAAGUCAACCUUCAUUAGGUCCCGAUAUAAAUGAUGAAAAAGACGAAAAAUCAAGUCCUCCAGCAAGCCCAAUGCCUGAAGCAAGUAGCGCAAGUGCUGCACAACUCAAAGCAAAUGCCGCGAAAAAAGCUUUCAAGAAGUACAACGAUUCAAGUUUAGAAAAUGACGAAACUGAAUCGGAGCUCGUUGCAAUUCCCGAAAGCGAAUCAGAUAGUACGCUUGCAGGACAUAGUGCGGGAACAUCUUUCGAUGAUACGACAAAUUUCGAAGAAGUUUGUACUCCAUUGCGACUCGAACAAAUUCCGAAAAAUAAAAAUCUCGCACAUGAAGGAGGAAAUUACAAAAUUCACGAUAAAGGAGAAGAUCGUGUCGAAGUAAAUCGUAAAGUUACAAAGUUGAGUGCUCAUAGCAAAAGUGUUGAUUUGACAGAUAGGAAGAUUAACAUCACGACAAGUUCAACAACUGUCGAAGCGAUCGUUCAAACAACAGUUCAAACGAAAUGCAGUGUUCAAGAAGGCAUGCGAAUGAUGGUUUCGUCAGCUUUGAUGCCCGAUAAGGCAACUGUUAACCCUCCAGCGAACGUACAAAAGGCAGUUGUUGUAACACAAUCGACAAAAACAAGUCCAAAAGAACCUACAUCGAUGACAAAUAUGAUGGCAAGUAUUGCACAAAAUCAGGCAAAAGCAUUUGGAGCAUUUGCCGGAUCAAUUGAGAAGAAACCAAGCGUUGAUAUGUCAUCAACAUCUUCAUCGUCGAUUAGUUCAGAAGAAAAGAAAGAAAAACCAAGAGCAUUAGUUAGUCCAACUCAACAACAACCAUGGCAAGAUCAUCGAGGAUCGAGUUCUCCGCGUCAUUUGGGAAGACAAAAACGAGUAAUUGAUCCAACUGUUCCCAUAUCAUCAACUAUUGUUCCGUCAUCAUCUACAGAAGGAGAACAAUUCAAAGUUGUUACGUCAAAACCUCCUCACAAGAAGAGUUUUAAAAAUGUUGAACGCACAAAUUACGGAUCUCCCGAAAGUCCUCUUUCUAAAAUGGAUAUAAUGAGUCCUCCAACUUCUUCAGGCGAUGUUACUGAAACACUCAUGUCUCCCAAAAGCAUUGCAUCUUUGGAAAUUCCAACACAAGAGAGACUUCUUCCCAUUGGAUCAGGCAAAGAUAAUAUCGCAACUUUAGCUGAUCGUGUUCGUGAAGCUCUCGUCAUACCCGAUAUUAGUCAUUUGCGUCAAGAUAGUACGGAGAAAUCUGAAAGUACGACAAGCCCAAAGGAAGAUAUUACGCCAACAAGUCGAGGAACAUCGCCUCGACGUUUGAAAAAGCAAUUUGCAUUGCACGAAUCUCCGCCAAAUGUAGGACAUUCAGAUGAUGUUCAUUCAACUCUCGUUAAAUCCGUGACACAUGACAUCAAAGUCGAAAAACACAAUGGAAGUAUUAAAGGAUCUCGUCAACGUUUGCGAAAAGUAGGUCCUUUUGCAAUUGGAUCACAAACAAUCCCCGAUUCGAAAGCUCGUUACGCUGGAUCAUGGGCGCCACAAAACAAAGACGAUUCUGACAUGGAAGAUGAAGCGCCUGCAAGUAACAUUAUGAAUGAAAUCAAACAAAGUACAUUACGUGUUGGCGAAGAUACCGUUUGCGAUCGUUGUAUGGAGUGCGGAGCAAUUAAGGAAAUUUACACUGACGAAGAAAUGGGAUUAUUUUUAAUUACAAUUGGAACAUUCAUUCAUCGUGAACCUGCAAUAGCAGCUCCGUAUCUUCCUGAUAUUUUGCAAAUUGUAUCAAAAGUCGCAUUACAUGUUCCCUUCCCAUGGCAAAGCGAAAGUUUAACACACUUACCCGGAAAUUCACAAUUAGUAGCUUAUCAAUUUAUAAGAUGUGUUUUGCAUCAACUCGCUCCCAAUGGAGUAUUUUAUCAAAUAUUCUUGACUCAAGCAAACGAAAAUGUUCGUAAAAAGUUUUAUCGAAGUGUAGCACAAGCAUUAUUGGAUUUUGCUGAUUUGAAUACAUCGAGUCCCGUACAUUUCUUAUGCGAAUCUUUGAAUACACGAAAAAAUCUUCCUGUCGAUGUUUUGCCCGUUAUUAUUCGAAAUUUGUCAGAAUAUUUGCACGCUGUUCCAAAUGAUAGUGUCGGAGCGAAUAUGUGGGUACAAGCUGUUCAGGGUAUCGAAGGAUUAUAUCGACGAAUUUUGUUAAUUUUGCCGAGUUUGGAUGAUGCUGAGUAUUUAUUGACAAUUAUGAUAUCCAUUUUGAAAGUACCCGGAUUGAAUAAGAAUGUUUUGGAUCCUUUCUCAAAAGUAUUGAGCUUUUCCAUUCAGAAUUUGACGUUGAAGCAUAAAACGUUGCAUGAUUUGUGCAUAUUGAAUACACGAGCAUUCACGAAAGAUCGUGAUAAAUUCCAACUUUGUCGACAAAUCGUCUUUGAAUUAGUACAAGCGCUGAAAUUCAAAACGAGUAUUCCUGAUUCGAAUCUCUUGUUGAUGGUAGGAAUGGUUUUACAAGAUGCUGGAGGCGCAUUACCUCCUAAUUUCGCAGAAGGUUUACCUGAUGAGCCUCCAACUUAUUCGAAUUACAUGGCAGAAAAUAUGCGUCAAUAUUUGGGCGAUGUAAUGGAGUUUUUAACAGAUUUCCAUACCUUGAGCAAAAUAAAGAAUUUCAAAACUGUCGCACAAACAACAGGUUUAAGCGAAGACACAAUUGGAGGAUGUUUGAAAGGAGCAAUUGCACAAUAUUUGGCUUUAGAAAUGUCGAGAGGAAAUUCUCGUGAUAAUCGAGCAAUUUCGCGAUAUCUUCCAUGGUUGUAUAAUGCUCCAUCAUCAUUACAACAAGGUCCCAAAGAGUUCACAGAAUGUGUUGGGCAUAUGCGUAUCAUCUCAUGGCUUUUAAUGGGAUCAUUAACGCAUACCGCAUUAACGCAACACAAAGGAGGACAUACAACAAUCCAUGGAGCAGCAGUUCAUUAUCACGGGCAAACUUAUGCAACGCCUGUUCCGCAAGAAGCAAGUUGUCACAUUGCUGAUCACAUUCAAGUCAUUUUUGCGGGAUUUGCUGAACAAUCAAAGACAUCCGUUUUGCACAUGUCUUCGUUCUUCCAUGUCUUUACACUUUGUCAAUUAUGGACUGUGUAUUUGGAGCAAAUAGCAAAUGCCUCGUCGCCCGCAAGUGAAGCACAUAAUAUCACAAUGUCGAUUCUGUUUGAGUUUUGGGCAAAAGUUACGCCAUGUAUCUUGCAACUUAUUUCAACGGCAAAAUCUGAAAUGGUGAAUCGUCUCUCAGAAAUGGUAAAUUUGCACUUUUUGAGUAUGUUGGAAGCUUUGAUGGAAACACGAUCGACUAUUUUGAGCAAACUUUUGCCAAUGUGGGGUCCGAUUCUUACAUCAAAUACGCCAUUGUCAGGAACACUUUUGGUUAGAUUACAAACAGUUCGCGAUAUGGCUCCUAAUUUGGAAGAAGCAGAUCAAACUGUUUCAGAUGCUCUCUUGAAAUGGUUACAACGAUUACAAUUCAAAAUGGGGCAAAUCGAGUUACAAUCAUCGACAGCAACGCAAUUUUACUCCAUUUAAACGGACAUAAUGAUAAUCCAAAAAACAUAUUUAUGAAUGUUAGAAGACGAUUUUUGUCUAAAAAAAAAUAGAAAAUGUUAUUAACAAAUUUGAUGAAAUUUAACCAAAUAAAA